GCAAUCAGUUGCCGGAAUAGAAAUGCGAAGCACUGCGAUCAUCGUCUGCCUCUCCUUGGCCAUCGGAGUCGCCUCCGCCACGGACUACUGCAAGAAGAGCUGCGGCGGCACCAAGAAUCUCGGAUGCGAUAACAAUGGGGCCUGGGAUUCGAGUUGUCCCAGUGAUGCUGCCCUGGUUUCCCUGACUUCCGCGCAGAAGGACGCUUUGGUGGCCAGGACGAACCAGUACAGGAACAUCAUCGCCGGAGGAUUGAAUGCCAACUUGAGUGCCGCCUGCAGGAUGGCCACCAUCAAGUGGAACGACGAGUUGGCUUACUUGGCUUCCCUGAACGUGAAGAGCUGUGCGAUGCGCCACGAUGGAUGCCACAACACAGAUGCCUUCGAUUGGUCUGGCCAGAAUCUUGCCUGGAUGGGCUACUACGAUCCCCUGAAUGUGACCCACUAUCUUGAGUGGGGAGUGGACAUGUGGUACAGUGAGCAUGUGUACACCAAACAGGCCUACAUCGAUGCCUAUCCAUCGAACUACAAUGGUCCGGCAAUUGGACACUUCACUGUACUCGUUGCCGAUCGCAACACGGAUGUGGGUUGUGCAGCUGCCACUUAUUCGGUUCCUGGUCAGUCCUACAAGGCCUUCCUACUCGCCUGUAACUAUGCGGCCACCAAUGUCCUCGGCAUCAAGAUGUACAGCUCCUGCUCGAAGGCAGCGAGCAAGUGCACCACGGGCACCAAUCCCAGAUACAAGUACCUCUGCAGCUCCAAGGAGGUCUACGAUGUCAACAACCUCAACUACUAGUGAUUGUGGAUCAAUAAAUAACAGCGUUAAUUGGGCUAUCAUUUUUCAAAA